CUAUACUACAAAAACAAAUUCAGGGUAAACACCUCGAAUAAAUUCUAGAGGUAAAAAGAAAUCAACUGAUAUUGAUAAGAGAACAAGCUGCAAGGUUCUCUAUACUUUGCAGUUUACUUCUCUAGCCUGGGUUGUCUUGUUUCAUCCAUGUCUCUUUGAAGCCAUGCUUCCUUAAGAUGUGGCUUCGAUGCUGACAGUCAGUGUGGUGAGAAGGCAGCUUGUGUUGUAGGCCUGCAAAGAUGGCAGGAGGAACAGUUUCUCUCCAUCUGUGUCAAUCCAGAUUGUAGUUCUGAGAGGCAGGAAAAAAGAUGGGAUGAUUUGCUUGGAAUGGUGUGUAGGGCCUUGGGAAUAACGAUGUUGGUGGUGUUUUAACAUCGAAGACAUAGGUAUGAUCUUUUAAUGUACUGGGAAUUGAGUUUUAUGGGUGUUACUGGCUUGCUUGUGGGAUAACAGUGGCUUUAAGUGAACUGUAAGCUUGAGUUUGCUGAAGUGCCCUUCUUUAAGAGCAUAUGAUCCUGAAAUAUGUGGCCUGAAGUACAUCUCCCUUUUUCUUACAGUAGUCCUAUGAACAGCAAUAUAUAGAAUAAAAGCAUUCUGUCCACGUUUCCAGGAAAGAAAAGAAAUGGGUGCCAUACUUCGGGGACGUUCCUUGGCCUCUAUCGUGAUUUAAUAUAUUGUGAUGAUCAGUUUGCUGUCUUCCAGUAGUCCUUGCAAGCUUCAAUUCCAAGAAACAAAGUUUCCAAGCAACCAAGCCCUGCAAACAAAAGUAUUGUAUUUGCAUCUUUGUUACCUGGGAGCGCUGCUGCUGCCCCACACGUCGCUCCAGAUGGCCGGUGGGGUAGCAGAGAUCAAGUCACAGACAUACGGAGCGGAGCUGAGGUAGCGAUGAGCGGUCGAGAGGUGGUUGCUGUGAGUGUGGGAGGUGUGAGGUUUGUAACCCGGCCCUGCACCUUGCUGCGGUUCCCCGAGUCCAGGUUAGCACGCAUGUUGGGUGGUGACGACCCGGAGUUUAAACUGGUGAACGGAGAGUUUUUUGUGGACAGAGAUGCCGGUUUGUUCGGUUACAUCAUGGACUUCUUGAGGACUCUUCAGGUCUCUCUGCCUGCUGAUUUUUCAGACUUCCAGAGGCUGCGCAGAGAAGCGGAAUUCUAUGAGCUGUACCCUCUGGCUGAGCUCCUGGGCCAGGAACACCUCCUGAAGCCGAGGCUGGAGAUCUUGGAGGUGCGUUUUUUCCUCCAGGAGAUGCAGGCCUUUUUCCGGAUCUUCGGUUCCUGCAGUAGCACCGUGGAGUCACUGGCUGAGCAGAUCACUGUGCUUACGGGGCAGCUGCCAGGGCAGGGCUGGAGCAGUCCUUUGCCUUCUCAGAAACCACUAAUUCCACUUCCUUUGGAAAGGCCUUCUCAUCACGACAUGGUUUUUCAGUGUGGAACCGACUGCUCUGCUGGUGACCGGUUUGUGGCCAGGUACGUUUCCAUAAAACCUGACAACAGAAUGCUGAUAAAUGGUACUAACGUGCUAGGCCUGCUGAUUGACACGUUGCUCAAAGAUGGAUUUCGCCUCAUAAGCACCAGGACAGUUUCCAGUGACGAAAAAGUGGAAUGCUACAGUUUUGAAAGAACACAGAGGCCUGUAAGCCUUAGCAUUGCUGCAAACCAACACCCAGAGAGCUCUGGGACAGUGCAGGCGAGGAGAAGCCAAGUGCAGAAGGGGAAAUAAUGCAUUUUCCUAUACUCCUGUGAAGGUGGAAGAGGUGGUGUGUGUCAGCACCAGUGGCCUUUCUUUUGUUUGUUUGUUUGCUCAUUUGAAACUGCGGCUAUUGAGGGAAGUAACAAACAAACAACUUGUUAAAAAAGGAGGCGGAAAAAUAAAUGCUUUCCUGCCUUUCCCUGCUCCACCCUCUUUAAUUCUAAAUAAAAGAACCACAGAUUCAAUGCUGUUUUUGUGGACCAGAUUGCAGUACUUUCAAGGGCAGUUUUUGUUUUUCUCUGUGGCUAAAACUUCUGUGACUCACAGAAGAUCAGUCACUCCUUCUAGAAAAUUAUUCCUAUGUUCUGUGCUCUUCAAAUGUGAUCACAUGCAAAGGAGUUUUGUAUGCAUGCAAAAAGGACUGAAGCAGUGUGGAGAAGUGUCUGGAAGAGGAAUGUCAACCUGAAAGACUGGAGGUUGUUUCUGCUUUGGAAACACCAAUUCCUGUAAUGGCAAGGUCACAAGUUAUGCUGCUGUGGGACUGGAGACACGAGAGCAUGGCUUUGUGAAGCCACUGCUGGCGUUCAUGAAAUAAUAAUGUGCCACUGUCUCUUGCAAAAUACUCCUCUGUCCUCUCACCACACUCUGAAGACACUGAGCUGCUCAUUAGUGCUGAGAAUUAAAUGAUAAAGGUCCUCAGAAAAUACUUGUGAUGCAAACAAAGAGUCAGUCAGUUCUUAGAGCCUUAACUGUAAGAACAAAAAUGUGAUGAACAGUCCUUCAGAUGGAAGAAUUGGUGAAAUUUUAAACAAAAUAGCACAAGGUAUCUCUUAGUGCUUGUUAAAUGAAAAGGUAUUCAGGAAGGAGGCUUGGCAGAGGUCGCUUUGGGAAUUUUAACCCUGUACAAUGGUUUGUAAAAGUGCCAGGAUUAUCUCAGGUAUGGGAGAGUUAUCGAGGCUUUAUAGAUGAACCUUUUGUCCUACCUAACAGGCAGAUCAUGGCAGUGUCAAGGAUUCAUUAUUUGAAUCUGAUUUUGUUUCUUGUUGAGAAAACAUGCUACAUCAGCCUGUCUGAAUAAUUAGAUCUGGCUUUCCUUUAGCUUUAAAGAGUGAAUUUCUUUACUGCACUUAGGAAUGGUGAUGGGUGGUGGGGAUCAGUCUUCUGUUUCAUGUUUGUAGCGUUUGCAAUGGAAUGGAUCAUUUCAGACUUCUGGUGCUGCUAUCAGAUGUUUAUUUUCUCUAUGCUACCAUAAAGCAUUUUAGCUUGACACAGGUGUUUGGAGCUUUCCAGGGGUAAAAUAAUGUGAUUGUGGGACGACAUCUCCUAAGCUGCUUGCAGGCUACAUACGUGUAGUAAAUAUUAUGGAACACGC